AUGGCUUCCGUCACCCGUCUCAGCAACUCUGCCCUGAAGGCUUCGCUGCGCGCUCCCGUUUUCGGAGCUCGUUCUGUUGCCUUCAACUCGGUCCGUUGCUACUCCGCCAAGACUCAGACCCUCAAGGAGCGCUUCGCCGAGCUGCUGCCCGAGAAGAUCGACGAGAUCAAGGCCCUUCGCGCUGAGCACGGUUCCAAGGUUGUCGACAAGGUCACCCUCGACCAGGUCUAUGGCGGUGCCCGUGGCAUCAAGGCCCUCGUCUGGGAGGGCUCCGUCCUCGACUCCGAGGAGGGUAUCCGUUUCCGUGGCAAGACCAUCCCCGAGUGCCAGGAGCUUCUCCCCAAGGCCCCCGGUGGCAAGGAGCCUCUUCCUGAGGGUCUCUUCUGGCUUCUUCUGACCGGCGAGGUUCCUACCGAGCAGCAGGUUCGCGACCUCUCCGCUGAAUGGGCCGCCCGUUCCGACAUUCCCAAGUUCGUCGAGGAGCUCAUUGACCACUGCCCUACCGACCUCCACCCCAUGGCCCAGUUCUCCCUCGCCGUCACUGCUCUCGAGCAGACCUCGAGCUUCGCCAAGGCCUACGCCAAGGGCAUCAACAAGAAGGAGUACUGGACCUACACCUACGAGGACUCGAUGGACCUGAUCGCCAAGCUCCCCAACAUUGCUUCGCGUAUCUACCAGAACGUCUUCAAGGGUGGCAAGGUUGCCCCCAUCCAGAAGGACAAGGAUUACUCGUUCAACUUCGCCAACCAGCUCGGCUUUGGCAACAACGCCGACUUUGUUGAGCUGAUGCGUCUGUACCUGACCAUCCACACCGACCACGAGGGUGGCAACGUCUCUGCGCACACCACCCACCUGGUCGGCUCUGCUCUCAGCUCCCCCUUCCUCUCGCUCGCCGCUGGUCUCAACGGUCUGGCUGGUCCCCUCCACGGCCUUGCUAACCAGGAGGUCCUUAACUGGCUCACCGAGAUGAAGAAGGUCAUUGGCAACGAUCUGUCCGAUGCCAACAUUACCAAGUACCUCUGGGACACCCUCAAGUCCGGCCGUGUCGUCCCUGGCUACGGCCACGCCGUGCUCCGCAAGACCGACCCCCGCUACAUGGCCCAGCGCGAGUUCGCCCAGGCCAAGAUGCCCAACGACCCCAUGUUCCAGCUUGUCAGCCAGGUCUACAAGAUCGCCCCCGGCGUCCUGACCGAGCACGGCAAGACCAAGAACCCCUUCCCCAACGUCGACGCCCACUCCGGUGUCCUCCUCCAGCACUACGGUCUCACCGAGUCCAACUACUACACCGUCCUCUUUGGUGUCUCCCGCGCCAUCGGUGUUCUUCCCCAGCUCAUCAUUGACCGCGCUGUCGGCUCCCCCAUUGAGCGCCCUAAGUCCUUCUCCACUGCCAAGUGGAUCGAGCUCGUCAAGAAGCUGUAA